AUGAAGAAAAGAAGGCUGGAAUCCAAGAAAGAAGAGGAUUUGGAUGAGGAUUUGCUACCAGAAACGGGUCUUUAUACGGAUGAAGGAUAUCUUUUUUAUCACACAACACCUCGGAAUUUGACAAAAGCGCAAGCUGAAAGAGCUGCGAAAAAUGACACAUUCUCUGAGAGAAUUGAGAUCGGGUCAACAGGUGAUGGCCACGGACUCCCUCAUCGAUCAGGAUUCUGUAUCAAAACCCGUGCUAUCAAAAUGAUGAGUGACCAUUUUUUGAAAACCUUCGAUUGGAACGCUCCAGAUUACGCCGAACAAAUCUACGAUCGCUACUAUACAUAUGCGGCUCACGAUGAGAUAACCCUGCGAAAAAUUCAGAAACUUCUGGAUAAAGGUUACGGUUAUGAGCACAUUUCGGAGCUGUUGGAUAUUCCUAUGCAGAGAGCAAUCGAUAUGGGAAAGAAAUUGAGGAACGGAGAGAGGAGAGAGGAUCGCGAAAUGUUGAGAACGUUUUAUGAAUCGUGUCUUACCCUUGGUCUCGAUGCCGAAGAGAUCAAGAAAUUCGUUUUGGACGACAACGAAUUCAAACUAUACGGUCUUCGAGAACAUGUCAAAAUCGACCAGCUGAAUUUUAGGCUGAAAAUUUCCGAAGAACGAUGCGAAGAAUUGCUGAAACUAGUGCUUAAAAUUAUUUUGGAUAAGUUUCGAGAAGUUCGAGAGAAGGAUGAGCUGGAGGCGGAGCUUGCAUGGAAUGUGGCUAUUGGAGAGAUGUCCACCUCGAAACCUCCAAUUGAAGAGCACCAAGUUCUCAAGGCGCUGGAAAUUUUUUGCCACAAAAUUGAUAAAGACGAUACGCCGGUAACGAUGAAAAAGGAAAGAAAAGGAGCGAAGAAACUGAAUGUAGAAUUCUUCCAAAAUCUUCGCCGAGGUUUCCGAUGUCAAAUCAAGCUACAUUGCCUUCUUUGGGCCUGGAAACGGCUGGCGGAAUGGAAGAAAAUCCACGUGGCGAAGGGUGAGAAAACCUUUUUCGAGAUGAUGAAUUCGUCUUGCAGUGAUAAAAAUCGCUACGAAGCCGUUCUGGAAGCAGAGCUCGCCAAUCCGUUGGCGUCUGAUUUGACGAAGAAAUUCCUCAAAAACAAGAAGUGUGUCAAAUGGAUCUUGGAAUCCCGUCUAACGUCUUCAAAACGCGCAACAACGGCACGUCGUCUGCUGCAAGCCGCAAUCGAAGUCUUCAUCCUCUACAUGGAUCGAAAAUCCGGCCGCAAUUUCAAAUUCCCCGCCAAACUCCACUCCCUCAUCGCCACCACGCCUUCAGACAUCAUUCAGAAGACGUUGCCCAACAUUUUGGAUCCAGAAAAUUCGGAAUACCUAUCACUGAAAAAGGCGAAAAAGACGGUGGAGACAGCGUCUGGAGAGAAGAUUCUAGUGAAAUUGACAUCGAACCAGAAGGCGAUUCAUGUGAAAGAUUCUGAUGACGUGGAGGAUUCUGAAGAAGAGGGAGACGACGUUGACGUCGAACGUCUUCUGAAUUAUUCACGAAAAAUCGCGCCGAAAAUCGAUGAAGAGAUGAAAAUGGAAAUUGAGGCGGUUUUGGGAAAAGCGGACCCGGAGAAAAUUCGAAAAAAAUCCAAAAAAUCGGAAUCGCUUCAGAUGAAUGAAGAAGUGAGAGAAGAGAGGGCGUCGCUGGAUAGAAUUGCCAGAAAAAUUGGAAAAAAUCGACCAGUUUCUAGAGAAAUUCUGGAGACGUCAGAUGAGUCGGAUUCAGAUGACGUGCAGGCGACAAGAGCUCGAAUUUCGUUUAUUGGAGUUCCUGAAGACGUGACGGAUUCGGAAUCUGAAAUUUUGAAAAAGGAGGAUUCAGAUGACGUGACGGAGUCAGAAGACGUCACGAAUUCUGAAUCCAAAAAGUCGAGAAAGAAGAAGAAUUCUGAAGACUUUCCGGAAGACGUUGAGAACUCAGAAUCCAAGAAGUCCAAAAAGAAGACAAAGAAGAAUCCAGAAGACGUCACAACUUCAGAAGGCGUUCCCGAAGACGUGCCAGAUUCUGAUUCCAGAAAAUCCAAAAAGAAGAAGGAUUCAGAAGACGUGUUAGAUUCCGAAGGCAUAAAUUCGAAUAUCCGACAUUCAGAAGACAUCCCAGAUGACGUGGAAGAUUCUGAACCCAAAAAGUCGAGAAAGAAGAAAGAAGAUUCUGAAGUCGUCCCUGCUCCAGAAGACUUUCCAGAAGACGUGGAGGUUUCUGAAUCCAAAAAGACAAGGAAGAAGAAGAAGGACUUAGUGGUAGUGGAGAAUUCAGAAGACGUCCCAGCUUCAGAAGACAAUACAGACGAAGAAUCUGAAUCACGGAAAUCCAAAAAAAGAAAACGACGACAUUCAGAAGACGUUAAUUCAGAUGACGUCAACGAUUCAGAAGUCAAAAAGUCAAAGAAAGGUCCAGAAGAUGUAGCGGAUUCAGAAUCUCGGAAAUCCAAGAAGAAGAGAAAGAAGAAUUCAGAAGACGUCCCAGUUUCAGGAGACAGUCCAGAAGACGUCACAGAUUCAGAAUCCAGGAAAUCUAAAAAGAAGAAGAAGAAGAAGAAGAAGGAGAAUUUGGAGCUUCCAGAAGACGUGGAAGAUUUAGAAGUCGUUAAGGAGAAGAAGAAAAAGAAGAAUCGAGAUUUAGAAGACGUUGAAUGA